AUGUGGGGAGCGGGGGCGUCGGCGCCGUCCAAUACCCUCGGGCGGCAGGCCGCCCCGGUGGGAGGCGCGGUGCUCGGGGCUUGCCGGGGCCCCAGAACCGGUGUUGACUCCUCUGCCAGGUCGCACACGGAAGUCGGGCCCCGUCUCGCAGUCAGGAGGGCCAGCUCCACUCUGGGCUGCUCCCUGGACUCUGUGGAGGAGGUGAGGGACAGGAGGCCCCUGGACUCUGUGGAGGAGGUGAGGGACAGGAGGCCCCUGGACUCUGUGGAGCAGGUGUGGGACAGGAGGCCCCUGGACUCUGUGGAGGAGCCAAGUCCGCGCCCAAGAAGGGCUCCAAGAAAGCCGUCACCAAGACCGCCGGCAAAGGCGGCAAGAAGAGGAGAAAGAGCAGGAAGGAGAGAGGUGUACAAGGUGCUGAAGCAGGUGCACCCCGACACCGGCAUCUCCUCCAGGGCCAUGAGCAUCAUGAACUCCUUCGUCAACGACAUCUUCGAGCGCAUCGGCGGAGAGGCCUCCCGCCUGGCGCACUACAACAAGCGCUCCACCAUCGCCUCCAGGGAGAUCCAGACCGCUGUGCGUCUGCUGCUGCCCGGAGAGCUGGCCAAGCACGCCGUGUCUGAGGGCACCAAGUGCACCAGCUCCAAGUAA